AUGAGUUCUCAGACCAAUUCACUACACCCGGGAGCAAAAAAUCACAUAAAUUCUUGGAAAAGUUUUUCGUUUAAAAUUGAGCAAAUACCAAUUUUCGUUCCAGAUAAUGAUGCACUUUUAGGUGAUCUAAUGUUCUAUCUUCAGCAAAAGCCGACCGGCAAAGGUAAACAAGAAGCAAGGAGAGAAAUGUGA